AUGGCUAUUUCUAAGGUUUAUGCUAGAUCCGUUUACGACUCCAGAGGUAACCCAACUGUCGAAGUUGAAGUUACCACCGAAAAAGGUGUUUUCAGAGCUAUUGUUCCAUCCGGUGCUUCUACUGGUGUCCACGAAGCUUUGGAAAUGAGAGAUGGUGACAAAUCCAAAUGGUUAGGUAAGGGUGUUUUGAAGGCUGUUGCCAACGUCAACAACGUCAUUGCCCCAGCUGUCGUCAAGGCUAACUUGGAUGUUAAAGACCAAAAGGCUGCCGAUAAAUUAUUGUUGGAAUUGGAUGGUACUCCAAACAAAUCCAAGUUGGGUGCUAACGCUAUUUUGGGUGUCUCCAUGGCUAUUGCCGUUGCUGCUGCCGCUGAAAGAAACGUUCCAUUGUACGUUCACUUGAAAGAUUUGUCUGGUGCUAAGACCCCAUACGUCUUGCCAGUUCCAUUCUUGAAUGUUUUGAACGGUGGUUCCCACGCUGGUGGUUCUUUGGCUUUGCAAGAAUUUAUGAUUGCUCCAAUUGGUGCUGAAUCCUUCAGUGAAGGUAUGAGAAUGGGUUCUGAAGUCUACCACAACUUGAAAUCCUUGGCCAAGAAGAGAUACGGUUCUUCUGCCGGUAACGUUGGUGACGAAGGUGGUGUUGCUCCAGAUAUCGAAACUGCUGAAGAAGCUUUGGAUUUGAUUACCGAUGCUAUUAAGGCCGCUGGUUACGAAGGUAAGAUUUCUAUUGCUUUGGAUGUUGCUUCUUCUGAAUUUGCUAAGGAAGGUAAGUACGAUUUGGACUUCAAAAAUCCAAAAUCUGACCCAUCUAAAUGGUUGUCUGGUCCAGAAUUAGCUAAGAUGUACGAAGGUUUGAUGGCUAAGUACCCAAUUGUUUCUAUUGAAGAUCCAUUUGAACAAGAUGACUGGGCUGCUUGGGCUCACUUCUUGCCAAUUGCUGAAAAGGCUGGUGUCCAAAUUGUUGCUGAUGAUUUGACUGUCACCAACCCAAUCAGAAUUAAGACUGCCAUUGAAAAGAAGGCUGCUAACGCUUUGUUGUUGAAGGUCAACCAAAUUGGUACUUUGACCGAAUCCAUUGAAGCUGCCAACGGCUCCUUUGCUGCUAACUGGGGUGUUAUGGUUUCCCACAGAUCUGGUGAAACUGAAGAUACCUUCAUUGCUGACUUGGUUGUUGGUUUGAGAACUGGUCAAAUCAAGACUGGUGCUCCAGCUCGUGGUGAAAGAUUGGCUAAGUACAACCAAAUCUUGAGAAUUGAAGAACAAUUGGCUGGUAAGGCUAUUUACGCUGGUAAGAACUUCCACCACGGUAACAAAUUAUAA